GUGGCCAAUCGUGUGUCCCAGCCGGGCAGGCCGCGCUGCUAUUGGCCGGCGGGCGGCAGGGAGGCGCGGUGCGGGUGUCAUGGCGGCGCGGGCCGUGGCGGCGCGGAGGAGCUGGCCGCGCUUGGCUCUCGAGAAGCUGUGGGUGCGGCCGCGCCGCCUGCAGCAUGAAGGACAGCCUGAGGGACAGCCUGAGCGCUCGGACCAGCCCAUACAAAUGGAGAACCCCUACAAAGACCCUCCAAAGAGAUGUGUCUUAUGUGGAGUAAAUGUGGACUAUAAGAAUGUGCAGCUUCUUUCCCAGUUUGUUUCUCCAUAUACUGGCUCCAUUUAUGGCAGGCAUAUCACAGGCUUGUGCAACAAGAAGCAGAAGGAAAUUACAAAAGCCAUUAAAAGAGCUCAUGUAUUUGGAUUUAUGCCAGUUAUGUUUAAGAACCCACAAUUUCUCACAGACCCCAAGCUAUGUAACAUCAAGUAUCCAGAGUGAUAUGCUGUACAGAAAUAAACAAUAAAACUGUUUUUCAUGUUUA